AGGUUGAAUGAGGGUUGUUUGAGGUGGGCUGCACUUUCAAUGAAGCUGUCAUGCAAAUUUUUACCGUUACUUGAGGACUAUCAAACACCGUCCGGAAACUGACCUGCUCUUGGACUUUACGCGCUUAAGAAGAAUCAGGAAGAAGUAAAAUCACCGGGGCUCUUGCGGUCCAUCCUCGACAGAGAAAAAGGCACACAUAGAGACUGAUGCGGGAUUCGCUGCGGGGGUCUGUCCGGUGACACUCUGCUUGGAUUUUAAACGGACAUGGUGGGUUGACGUUUGAGUGAUACGGAGACCGUCCGGUAAAUUCCUGACAGGAGCAAUGAAUUAUUUCACGCGCGGUGCUCGUGAGUGAAAACGCUCGCGUAACUGUUGCUGUGAACAGCCGUCUGCAGGAACAUGAGGAGAGGACAUAACUGAAAUAAACUGCGUGGGUUGGCAGUAGGCAGUAACUGAAGAUGAGGAGGCGCUGGUGGCGAUCGGGGUUGGUGAUUGGCUUGCUUGUUAUCAUCACCCAAAUCUCGGCUCAAAACACAGAGGACUGGCACUAUGAGGAGUGUAAGUUGUCACGGUCGGGUCCACCUGCCACUAUCGUCACCAUUGAUGAGGAAAGUCCAAAUGGUACCGUUCUUGUGGAAAACAUGCAGAUCAAUGGUCGUGCUCAGGAUCCAGAUAGAACCAUCUCCUUGACGCUGCUGGACAACUAUGAUUACUGGGUUAUCCUUGACUCUGCGCUGCAGAGACUGUAUCUCAACAGCACUGGACGAGUGCUGGACCGAGAUCCACCCAGUUACAUCACCACAAUCGUGGUUCAGAUUCAGUGCACCAAUGAGCUGGUGGGAACAGUUAUUCUGCAUGAAGUACGGAUAGUGGUGAGGGACAGAAAUGACAACACACCUCGUUUCCAGCAGCCUCGUUACUAUGUAUCAGUUAAUGAGCUCUCUCCCGUCGGUACCACCAUCUUCACCGGCUUCUCAGGAAACAAUGGAGCCAUGGACAUCGAUGACGGACCGAACGGACAGAUCGAAUAUACCAUUCGGUACAACCCAAAUGACCCGAUGUCAAACAGGACUGUGCGUGUUGCUGGGACUCUGUCUGGUAACAUUGUUUUGGCAGAGCGGCUGAACUAUGAGGAGAGAACUCGCUAUCUAAUUAUAGUCCAGGCCAAUGACCGGGCUCCGUAUCCGGGAACUCGUCGCACGGCAACCACUACUCUAACUCUGGAUGUUUCGGAUGGAGAUGAUCUGGGUCCCAUGUUCCUCCCAUGUGUUCUGGUCAACAACACACAGGACUGUAACCCUAUCACAUACCGUCUGGCCAUUCCUGAGCUCACUGACCCGAGUAAACUGAACCCUCUGAAUGUGACACCUCCCAUUCGAGCCAUUGACCAGGACAGAAACAUCCAGCCGCCCUCCGACAGACCCGGAAUCCUGUACUUCAUACUGGUUGGUCAACCUGCUACAUACCCAGAAUUCUUCUCACUCAACAGGAGCACGGCUGAGCUGCGGCUGCUGAAGCCUGUGGACAGAGAGCUGUACCAGCGCUUCAAUCUUGUCAUUAAGGCAGAGCAGGAUAACAGUCACCCUCUUCCUGCAUACGCUAACCUGCAGAUUGAAAUUCUGGAUGAGAACAAUCAGGCGCCAUAUUUCCAGCGCUCCUCGUACCAGGGCUUCAUCAGUGAGUCUGCCUCGGUUGGCACCACCAUCUCAGGGAUCACCAACCUCACGGCCCCACUGGGCAUCAUCGCACUUGACAACGACAUAGAAGAGACAAAAGAUCCUCAGCUGAAGAUCACUCUGAAUGACCACACCUCCAUCUUCUCCAUCACGUCUACUGGCAUCACACGCUACCUUACUCUGCUGAAACCAGUGGACCGAGAAAUACAGACCAACUACACCUUAACGUUGGUGGCAUCUGAUGGCGUUCAACAGAGCAGACCCGUGAUGGUGGACAUCCUGGUCAUCGAUGCGAAUGACAACACGCCCACUUUCAGUCUGGUGUCCUACAGUGUGGAGAUCUUCACUAAUAUGCUACCCGGAGAGACCGUCCUGCAGCUGACGGCUCAGGACGCUGACGCUGGUUUAAACGGCCUCAUCACAUACAUCAUCCUGGCUGGAGAUCAAGGCGAUUUCAUCAUCAACAACCGCACAGGACGAAUCACGUUAGCACCAGGGGUCACGCUGAGCGUCGGCCGUUCCUACGCACUGACCGUCAGAGCGUCAGACAAUGCUCCCGACCCCGAGAGGAGGAGCUCCAUAACUACGGUCUAUAUAGAGGUUCUGCCACCCAACAAUCAGAGUCCACCACGAUUCCCCAUACAGACCUACAACCUGGAGAUCAGUGAGGCCAUGAGGAUAGGAGCCAUACUGUUAAAUCUGCAGGCUACAGACCGUGAGCUGGAUCCGAUCACCUAUCAGAUAGCAAGCGGUGACCCACAGCAGGUUUUCAACCUUUCACGAACUAUAGGUCUUCUGCUGCUGGCCAAACCUCUGGACAGAGAGACCAUCGACCAGUAUCGCCUCAUCGUCACGGCAUCUGACGGCCACCCAGGAGGGAUUUCCACAGCCACUGUCAGCAUUGUCAUCACGGAUGUUAAUGACAACGACCCCACCUUCGACCUCACUCUUCCCAGAAAUCUGACCGUGAGGGAGGAAGAGGCCAAUGUGCUCGUGGGUCAAGUCAGGGCCACCGAUCCUGAUGGCGGGCUCAACGGUCAGGUCCGAUACCGUUUGCUCUCCUUUGUGUCUCUGUUCACCAUAAACGCCACGGGCAGCAUCUUCAGUGCGGUUCCGUUGGACCGAGAGACACGGAGCUGGUACGAUCUGAUCGUGGAGGCGUCAGAUGGAGCAGUGGACCCCCGCAGGACCACCAUCACACUGCUGGUGGAGGUGACAGACAUCAAUGACAACAGCCCUGUGUUUUCCCAGCCCAUCUACACCGUCAACGUCCCAGAAAACACCCCCGCUGGAACCGUCAUCCUGAGACUCAGUGCGGUGGAUGCCGAUCUCGUCUCUAACGUGACCUACAGAAUAAAAACAGAAGCUGCUCGGCAGCUCUUCACCGUGAACCGUCUGACCGGCGCCGUAUCAGUCCUGCAGGCGCUAGACUUUGAGGACUUGGCAGCAGGCAACAGCACCUACACAUUUGAAGUGGAGGCGUUAGAUCACGGAGGAGUCCUCCUUCCUGGCACAGCCACAGUCAUCGUUAGAAUCACGGAUAUGAAUGAUUUCUCCCCGGUCUUCAGACAGGCACUUUAUAAAGGGAUGGUGGCUCCAAAUGCAGAGAAGGGAACAGUCAUCACAACUGUGCUUGCAGAAGAUCAAGACCCUCCGGGUACGCCUGCCAGUAAAGUGCGCUACAGAGUGGAUCAGGAUCUGUCUCCGUACAGUGGAAGUAUCUUUGAUGUGGAGACAGAAACAGGACGAGUUAUCACCAAAGUCAACCUGAAUGAGCAGCCCAACGCCGUCUUCAGGCUGGUGGUCAUCGCCUAUGAUGACGGAGAGCCGGUGAAAAUGAACAGAACUACAGUGGAAAUCACUGUGCUUCAGCCCUCCAGGAUUCCCAUCUUCACCGAGGAAGAGUACAGGUUUAGUCUGGUGAGUGAGAACGCUCCUGUCGGGACGCCUGUGGGAAUUAUUCUGGCCACAGCUGUCAACACCACUGUCUUUUACUCCAUAGUGAGUGGAAAUGAAGGAGGUGAGUUCACAGUCAAUAACCGCACUGGGAUCAUCUACACAAAUAAACUUCUGGACUAUGAGAGUGUGACCAGUUAUGUGCUCCGCGUGCAGGCCGAUUCUCUCGCCAUCAUCCUCGCCAACCUGCGUGUUCCCUCCAAAACGAACACGGCAAAGGUGUUUAUUGAUGUGCAGGAUGAGAAUGAUCAUCCUCCGGUCUUCACAAGGUCUCUUUACAUCGGAGGAGUGACUGAAGACACUAAGACCUUCACCACAGUACUGAAAGUUGUGGCUACAGAUGUCGACACGGGGAACUACAGUAAGAUGGCCUACAGACUGAUCAUCCCUCCCACGCCCGAGGGGCAGGACAGUUUCGUCAUUGAGCCGUACACCGGCGUCAUCAAGAGUGCCAUCAUGUUCCGAAACAUGCGCCGGUCUUACUUCAAGUUUCAGGUCAUCGCCACAGACAACUACGGGCAGGGAUUGAGCAGCAGGGCUGAUGUGGUGGUGUCUGUUGUCAAUGCCUUGGACAUGCAAGUUGUGGUUUCUAAUGUGCCACCCACUGUGGUGGAGGAGAACAAAGAGCAGCUGAUUAGUAUUUUGGAGCGCUAUGUGCAAGAUCAGAUCCCUGGUGCUAAAGUGAUAGUGGAAUCGAUCGGUCCUCGGCGACACGGAGAAGGUUAUGAACUUGAGGACUACACCAAAUCAGACCUCCAGGUGUAUGCCAUCGACCCUCUCACCAACAGAGCCAUCUCCAGACAAGAGCUCUUCAAGUUUCUGGAUGGCAAGAUUCUGGACAUCAAUAAAGAGUUCCAGCCGUACCUGGGCGAGGGCGGGCGGAUUCUGGAGAUCCGUUCUCCUGACAUCGUGGCGAGUGUGAAGAAGGCUGCGCAGGCUGUGGGCUACACAGAGGGGGCUCUGCUGGCACUGGCCAUCAUCAUCAUUCUGUGCUGCAUCCCAGCUAUUCUCAUCGUCAUGGUGACGUACAAACAAUUCAAAGAGAGACAGGCCGAGUGUGCCAAAACUGCCCGUAUCCAGAUGGCUCUUCCUGCCGGCAAAUCAACAGGAGGUGGCGCUCCGACCAAUCUCUACGAGGAGCUGGGAGAUGGCGGCAUGCUUGGACUACAAAGGCGCCGAAAGUCUGUAAUUGAGGAGGCGGAUCGACAGAGUCUCAUAAGAGCAUUCGCCUCUCGUGCUAUUGCCGCUCACAAACUGUGUGGCGGAAAUGGAAAGUUGCUCGACAAGUUGCCCAAGUCAGAAAGCAACAUCACCUUCCUCUCAGAUGAACAGCCGCUCACCACACAAAAUCCACUUUACCGGGAUGGAGCAUCCAGUAGUCCGGAGCCCAACUCGGAGGUGCAAAGGGUCGGUGAGUUUCUAGACAGUGACAUCCCAUCUCCGACGAGCCCCAUCAGCCAGAUGACUUCUUGGUCAUUGCCGUCCCGUAUUCGAGGACGAGGGCUUUAUGAUGCUCUGUGCCGGCAGGCACUCUGGGACCCCACUGAAUGGGAGGAGCAAGAGCUGAAGGUGGGGCUUAAGGACAGCAGGGAAGAACUUGAUGCUGAUGUAGAUCAAAGUGGUCGAAGCACAGAAACAAAGCUGUCGGUCCGAGAACAAGCCAGACAGUUUGAGCAGCAAGCUUUAGCUGAACGGACGCCCAGACAGAGCCGGGACUCUUACGCAUCUCUGGAUCCGGACGACCCACUGCUAAGCGCCUUCAUGUUCUCAUCCAGUCCAAUUUCCGUUGGCAAGGACAUCCCACCCUGCAUUAUCAUCACCGGGGGUGACGGCGAGACUCCCCCCCCACCCAUGGCUCAGCGGCCGACUCCACCCGUCCUGAGGAAGUUCAGCUCCAGUAUAUCCAAUUACAUGACGGUGGAGCCUUGUGAGAUCACAUUGGAAUUCAUAUCAGACUCCAGUCCACCACUCCCUCACCCUGUCCCAUCCCGCUCUUUUCUUUCUCCUCCACUUCUGCAACAGGACUUCACCCCACCACCAACCCCAACUCCUGUUCAGUCUCCAACUCCUACACCUAAACUAAGAGGGAUCCUCAAGAGCAUGCCCAGAUCUGCUGACAGCAUUGAUGUGAAAGAUGACAGCAGUUGCGAAGGAGGAAGUAAAGACUCCACGACUGUUGUCCUAAAAGAGCCAGAGUCUAAACCAGGCGAAACAGACAGCAGCCAAUUAGAAUCAGACUCUUCUUCUCAGCCCUCAAACCAACCAAUCCCAGUGGAAUGAGAGAUCGCCCCCACCCCAGCCCUUAAUUUCUGAAUGAACUCUGGAACUCUUUUUUUAAUACCUUCUUUCCUACACUUGAACUUGUUUCAUUACUUACUUUUUCAUCUAUUAUUUCGAGGGCACUUUACUUUGAGAGCACUUUAUAGUACAUUUCAAAGAAGGUCAAAAGCGUAGUGUUUCAUGUGGCCGUCUUCAAUGUGACUGUGAGGUGUUUUACUGUUUUUAUGGUAUAAGCGAGUUGUGUUUAAACCGCAAGUACCUCACAGAAUGGUCAUUUGUGCAUUUGUGUCAGUCAA